GUAGUCUUGUAGAUUUAGAAAAUGUACCUAAUUAGUCUUUGUAUACAUUUCCUAACGUAUACAUGUUGAUUCAGACUGGUGUUAAUGCUAAUGUUAUUGUGACAAGGGCACGAGGCUCAACUGCACUGCUGCAAUCAUAUAAAUUUCAAAGGCAUUUUGCAGAUUUUAUAAUUUUACUUUGGUUAGAGGAAGACGUGGUUUUGUGAUGGUAACAAUAACAAGAUUUCAAUCUUUAUCCCCUUUGAAUGCUUGUUUGAGGCACUGAUACUGGAACCGGUCUCUCUUUGGGUAUGAACCUGGAUUAUCUGAGCAAUCAGCUUUGGGGUGUGUUCGUUGCGUUAGUUUGUACUUCAGUGACACCCUUGUCUUAGAAUUCAAUAUGGUAGCACACGGACUGAGAAAAAAAUAAUACUGUUGCUAGGUUUUUAUCAUUUCAGACUCGGUACACGACGUAAUAGAUUGUAUGUGCUGUGUUUCAACGGCAUGUAUAGGUAAUGAUGCUCAAACUGAGAUUUUUUUUGUGCUGCACUUAAGUCAAAGUGUGUGCUAAUUACGGCCCAUGUUGUUCGGGCUCUAAUAUAAGUAUGAGUUGAAUCACCCAAUUUUCAGGGAGUUUUCUUGACUUUUUAUUAAUCUUACUUGAAGCGUCUUCAUGUCCGGGUAGUCUAGAUUAGAAGCAGAAGAAGCAUUGACUACGAGAGGGGAAAGUGAGAGGUGACAGGAUAAAUUCUUCUCUCUUUGUUCACUUUUUUUUUCUUUCCAUAUUUGGUAUGUUUGCCUUGAUUUAGGUUGGCGAUGACUUAUUUGUUAGCAUGAUCAUUGUCCUUUUUUUAUGAAGACGGCAUUGCAUUUGAUUAUUAGUUGGAGAUCUUUCAGUAUCAUAAAGAUAUAGAACGGUAUUGAUUUUGGAUGAGUUGGAUCUUACUCGUAUGCAAUUACUAUUCAUGACUUGCACUAUGUGGAUUGACUAGGUCAACUUGCCCCAAUAUUUGAAGUUUACGCUGCGGAAUAUUUCCAUCAACAACAACUUAAAUAAUAAACAAAAUUAAUGGGAUUGAUGUGGAUGUUUGAGUUAUUGCUAAAGAGAUUGGAUCAAAGGAGCUGAUACAAGGGAAGAAUAUGUAUCAUUGACUUGUACAACAUUGUAUUGUAUAAUAUGGUUGUACUUGUUUUAAUUGUCUGUCAAAAUAUGAGGACAGGAGAAGGAAGAUUACUUUCUUCCUGAAAAUAAAUCUGAUUAUAGCUUCGAGUUUACGAUGGAUGACAAGAGAUCUAAGAUACUUGCAUUGGUACUGGUGGUGACUCUCAUCUCCUUGAUUACUGUAUCUGCUCUGUAUCUUGGAUCUUCAUGGCAAUUCUUUUCUAUAUUUUCUGGUUGUAUUAUAGUUAUUUUUGCUAUCUUCAUAUGGUUAAUCAGGCGCAGGUCCAAGGGAGCAGCUCUUAUCUUGCCACAGAAACAUGUGAUGUCCAGGGAACUUUCAGUCCCCUGCAGCUUCCUCAGAAAAGUGGCAGGUGUUCCUACAAAGUUCCGUCAGAAAGAGCUCGAGUUGGCUACCGACAAUUUCAAUGCAUUGAUUGGUCGGGGGGCAUCUGGAAGCGUUUUCAAAGGAAUCCUAGGUGAUGGUACCUGUGUUGCUGUGAAGCGGAUAGAAGGUCAAGAACGUGGGGAGAAAGAAUUUCUCUCAGAAGUUGCUGCAAUUGGAAGUGUGCAGCACAUUAACUUAGUAAGAAUGUAUGGUUAUUGCAUUGUUCCUGGGGGGCCACGGUUUCUUGUUUAUGAGUUCAUUCAAAAUGGAUCGUUGGAUGGUUGGAUUUUCCCGAGAAGAGACAAGAGAAACCGACCCGCGGGUUGUCUUCCGUGGCAUUUGAGAUACGGUGUUGCAAUCGAUGUGGCUAAGGCUCUUUCUUACUUGCACCAUGAUUGCCGGUCAAGAAUCUUACACCUUGAUGUAAAACCCGAGAAUAUAUUGCUGGAUGAUAAUUAUCGAGCAGUCGUGUCAGAUUUUGGGCUGGCGAAAUUGAUGGGAAGAGGUGAGAGCAGGAUAGUUACUAAUAUACGGGGGACUAUGGGAUACUUGGCACCUGAGUGGCUUUUAGAAAACGGGAUAUCUGCAAAGUCCGAUGUUUAUAGUUACGGAUUGGUGCUUCUUGAGAUGAUCGGAGGGAGGAGAAACAUGCGUGUGAUUGAUGAUAGCAAGGAUAGAUCCCUUAGAAAAUAUGAGUAUUUUCCAAAAAUUGUGGUGGAAAAGUCAAAAGAAGGGAAAUUUAUGUCAGUGGUUGAUCAGAGACUAUUAGAAGGAAGGCAUAUUGAUGAGAGACAGGUAAGGACAUUGGUGUAUACAGCAUUAUGGUGCAUUCAAGAGAAGGUCAGGCGUAGGCCUACAAUGGCUCAAGUGGUUGAUAUGCUUGAAGGACAUAUGCACGUGGACGAGCCACCGGAAACUGAAAUGAUAAUUGUUGAUCUGUUAUCCAUUGACACGGAUAAAGUCGGCCCUGGUAAGUGCAGGCUAAAGGCUACUGGAGUAGUACUAUCAGAUUGCAAUCCAGCUGCUAGCUCAUCAGCAUUUGAGGAUGGGGCUGGUACACUUUUGUCUGGGAGAUAACUAAUCAGGAUUUGGUGCAGAAACUCGACUCAUAUGCAGCUUAAAAAGGUGAUGCUGUUCAGAUGGUGCUAAUACGUUUAUCAGGAUGUCGUUACUUUUCUUGAUGUAGCCCUAAAAGUUUCGGGGUGGAUCUCAGAUUUUCAUCACCGUAAAGCAUAUUGUUACUUCUUUCCUUGAACAUUGAUCACAAUAUUGAUUAAUGUGUUUUUUGUUAUACAUUUACCUGAUAUUUUUAUAUUUUCUUUGUACAUUUAGAUUUUUUUACUUCAAUUGAGUCACAAUAGUGGUGUAAGUUUGACAUAACCUAAUGUAAUUAGAUCUUAAAGAAAUUUGUUUUUUGGCAAAAUUUGUACUCCAUUAUUCAUUCAUGACUUAAUCAAGAAAUCAAUAGAGUUUCUUGCUAGAAUAAUUAUUG